GGUGGGCGUGGGCUUGGCGGGCCCUGCACUCGGAGCAGCCGGCCGGCCCUGCCGGCCCGGGCAAUGAGGGGCUUAGCACCCCGGCCAGCGGCUGCGGAGGGUGUGCUGGGUCCCCCAGCAGUGCCAGCCCAGCGGCGCUGCCCUCGAUUUCUCGCCGGGCCUUAGCUGCCUUCCCGCGGGGCAGGGCUCGGGACCUGCAGCCCGCCAUGCCUGAGCCUCCCACCCCCUCCGUGGGUUCCUGUGCGGCCGGAGCCUCCCCGAUGAGCGCCGCCCCCUGCUCCACGGCGCCCAGUCCCAUUGACCACCCAAGGGCUGAGGAGUGCGGGCGCAUGGCGCGGGACUGGCAGGCAGCUCCACCUGCAGCCCCCGGUGCGGGAUCCACUGGGUGAAGCCAGCUGGGCUCCUGAGUCUGGUGGGGACGUGGAGAAUCUUCAUGUCUAGCUCAGGGAUUGUAAAUACACCAAUCGGCACUCUGUAUCUAGCUCAAGGUUUGUAAACACACCAAUCAGCACCCUGUGUGUAGCUCAGGGUUUGUGAAUGCACCAGUCCACUCUGUAUCUAGCUAUUCUGGAGGGGCCUUGGAGAACCUUUGUGUGGACACUCUGUAUCUAGCUAAUCUGGUGGGGAGGUGGAGAACCUUUGUGUCUAGCUCAGGGAUUGUAAACGCACCAAUCAGUGCCCUGUCAAAACAGACUACUGGGCUCUACCAGGCUCUACCAAUCAGCAGGAUGUGGGUGGGGCCAGAUAAGAGAAUAAAAGCAGGCUGCCCCAGCCAGCAGUGGCAACCUGAUCCGGUCCCUUUUCACGUUGUGGAAGCUUUGUUCUUUUGCUCUUUCCAAUAACUCUUGCUGCUGCUCACUCUUUGGGUCCACACUGCCUUUAUGAGCUGUAACACUCACCGCGAAGGUCUGCAGCUUCACUCUUGAAGCCAGCGAGACCACGAGCCGCCUGGGAAGAACGAACAACUCCAGACGCGCCACCUUAAGAGCUGUAACACUCACCGCGAAGGUCUGCAGCUUCACUCCUGAGCCAGCGAGACCACGAACCCACCAGAAGGAAGAAACUCCGAACACAUCUGAAUAUCAGAAGGGGCAAACUCCGGACACGCCGCCUUUAAAAACUGUAACACUCACUGCGAGGGUCCGCGGCUUCAUUCUUGAAGUCAGACCAAGAACCCACCAAUUCCAGACACAUUAGGAUUGUGAAAGGCAAACAUAUUACCAGAAAUACAGCAGCCACUUUGCAGAAAGGAAGGAUUAUGUCAAAUGGUUAGAAGAUUCCCAGAACUGCAACUUCCAGUGAGUCCCUCUGUGUGUCUGGAUCAGGGAAUGCAAUUAAAGCCGAGUACUUCGAGUCACCUUUUAAAAACAGUGAAGCCACGUGUGUGGAAACCAGGGGACUGGAGACGUGAACAGCUGAAUGAAACGACAGUCCUUGCUCCACAUGAAACAAUCUUUCGAGCCGAAGAUUUAUCUGUGAUUCUUAAAGCGUAUGUGUUGGUGACGUCCUUAACCCCUUUGCGUGCAUUCAUUCAUUCAACUGGCACAGUUUGGAAUCCACCAAAGAAAAAACGCUUCACUGUCAAGCUGCAAACAUUUUUUGAGACAUUCCUGAGAGCCAGUUCACCUCAACAGGCUUUUGAUAUUAUGAAGGAAGCAAUUGGCAAACUCCUGCUAGCGGCUGAAGUAUUCAGUGAAACAUCUACUCUGGGACCAAAGACCUUCCAUAGAUGCAGAUUCUGCUUUCAACUUCUAACUUUUGAUAUUGGUUAUGGCAGUUUCAUGUACCCUGUAGUGCUCCAGGUACAUGAGCAUUUAAAUUUUCAAGAUAAUGAUAAUAUGGAUUUUGAGGACCAAAAUACAGAAGAAUUCCUUUUAAAUGACACUUUCAAUUUUCUCUUCCCUAAUGAAUCAUCACUUUCCAUAUUUUCUGAGAUAUUUCAGAGACUUUAUAGAUCAGAUGUUUUCAAGGGUGAAAACUAUCAAAAGGAACUAAAUCAGUGUCUAUCCUUAGAAGAAAUUAACUCAGUUAUGACUUUCAUAAAGGAACUUGGAAGUCUGGGACAAUUCCAACUGCUCUUCCCAUCUACUACUCCUGGGAUUCAGUCACUGAUGCAUGAAUUUUAUGAUGUGGCAAAUCCUGUGGGGAAUCCUGGCUCAGUCCUGACCCAAUACUGGUCUCUUUUAAAUGUAUUUGAACAAUUUCAGUUCAUGAAUAAAAAGACACAGCCACAUCCACUGGAAUGGAAUUCUUUCACAGAAGAUAAGAACAUUGAAAAACCACAAGUGCCAUUUGAUGCAAUAGAAAAUAAAAAAGCUACAGUUCCACAAAUUAAAAAUGAAAAUAAAGAAAUACAUUGCAGUGAUGAUAAAAACACACCAUGUCAUAUCAAGCAGAUCUUCACACAUCCACAUUUGGAACUAAAUCCUGACUUUCAUCCAAAGAUCAAAGAUUAUUACUGUGAAGUCCCAUUUGAUGUGGUAACAGUGACAAUUGGAGUGGAAACUCCUAAGUGUCAGUGCAAGGUGCACCUGUACGAGCAGGCAGGGCCAAGCUUUGCCAGCUACCCUCUGGGCUUAGGAAUGAACAAAAUCUCAAUAUUUGUUGUGGAUGAAUCUCCAGCACACGGUGAGACCCUGAUCAUGUACAAACUCACCAUCUAUAGAGAAGACCGCCCAAGUCUGCCCUUGUUUGAGGCCUUCACAGCAUGUGGUUUUGUGCAGGAUUGUGGUUUGCUGAUUCAUCCGGAGGAAACCUGUGGGUUACAGCCUAUUUCUUCUGACUACAUUGAAGCCAUUUUACAGUCUGAACUAAAAAGAUGUCCAUCUGGGGACAUGAAAGGCCAGUGGAUUGUGCCUUGCCUUAGUUGUUCGGACAACAGGACGUGUGACUGGAGAGAAAUAACCUGGCAGCCCCACAACUGCCAAUAUGGUGUCCUAACUAAGCCUCAACUCCAGCAGUGCCUGGGAGGAAGGAAGAUUCUGUUCAUUGGAGAUUCAACCAACAGAGGGAUCAUGUACUAUCUUAUUGAAAGGCUGAAUGAAACGUUGCAGGAAUGGCAGAAAGUACAUGGCACUAAAUUCUAUCACAACGUCAAUGGUGGGAAGACUUUGAUCAGUUAUUCCUACUAUCCCCAGUUCUGGAUAAGCCCUUCAUUGAGACCAACAUUUGAAAAUGCACUUGAACACCUCUUGCAAAGAUCACGUCCCCUAGAGAAUACUGGCCAGACUGUAUUGGUUGUUGGUGGUGUUCAGUGGCUUAAUUCCAAUCACCUGCAAAUUAUUCACAAAGUUUUGAAGAGGGAAAAUUUACUCAAUAUCCUAGUGAUCAUCAAAACUUUGGGAAUUGGAUUUCAUCUGCCAGUGGAUGGAGUACAUUUCUUAACACAGAGUGAAGUACAGAACUUAUGGAAAGAAAAUUUGAUUAUUCUGGAUACUGCAAAAAAAUAUGGCUAUGAAGUAGUUGACACAUUCACUAUAACAAUGGGGCGUUACAAAGAGUUUCUACAGGGGAAGUGUGGAUGUCAUUUCCAUGAGGUAGUGAAAUCAAAGUUAUCCAAAGAAUAUAACUUUAUUAAAAUGAAAAGAUCAAGAAAUCAUAUCAUGGGAAGAUAUUUCAGCAAUCAAAGCAAACUACAACAAGGCACUGUAACAAAUUUUCGAUCGCCAUAUCAUGUCAGAGGUCCAAUAAAUCAGGUUUGUUCUGAAAUCCUUCUCAGCAGGAUGUGUGCAAAUAAAAGGACUAUGUAGGCUCCCUGCAGGAGAGCUGAAUCUGGAGCUGGAGACGAGCUAGUCACCCGGACAAUGGUCUAGGAGCCAAGCGCUGCACAUCGCACACAUUUGGGAUCGACCACACACACUUGUGCACACCAGCACAUGCAUGCACACCAGUACACACACAGUUAAAUAAUGAUAACACUUCUUACAGCUUUAUGAAUUCAAGAUGUGACCUUGAACACCAGUCCAUUUCACAGUGAAAGAUAUACCUAGAAAAACGUUACUUGAAGCAUAAUUAUUAACCAGAACCACUGUGGGCCAGGUAUGGCAUUGUGAUAAUAAAGAGAAAUAUAGACACUUAAAAUUAUGUGAAAAAAAGGAUAAUGCUCUUUCGUGUUGUCUUACCAUAUCUAUAGGUACAUCAAUAUUGAAAAGGAGAAAAACCAAUGACAUUCCACUGGCAAGUAGAGGUUGUGCUUUCAUUCUUUACCAGGAGAAAAUGUGAUGUUUAUGAUGGCUUGGGCUUUGUGAAUCUAAUGCUUAUGAAAAACAUUUCUUCCUAUACUUUUUAAAUUUUAUUACUGAAAGGAAAAGAACAGGAAUGUUCCACAAGGGAAUUUGAAGAGAUUCUGUGAGAGAGAUAUGAAAUAUUUUAUAGUUAAAACACCAAUAUAUUCAACUUUACACUUCUUGUGUUUUUCAUAAACAUUCCCUCUUGUCCUAUCUGUGUACUUCGAUGGGUAACUGCAGUCUGAAUUAAUGAAAUAUGUAAUUUUAAAGUAAGUAACAAAAUGUAGUUCCUCAUGUAUUACUGUACUAUGUUUCAUUGAUGAUAUUACUUAAAUCUUGUGUUUGCCAUUACAGCCCUACGUAACUUAAAAUUACAAUUAUAUUUUAUGUAAAUAUUUUGCAAAGGACUAUGCAUUCUGAAGUGCAUAGGUGCUUUUUCCCACCAAGCAUUUGCAUAUGUCCACAAAUAGUAUUGUUACUAGUAUCUAUAUUUUGAUUUUCCUGAGCAACUGUAUCAAAUCCAAAUUUAGAUUAGACAUAAAUUAUUUUAAUUAAAACUGUGGCAUACAUAUAAUACAUACCUAAUUAUAGUAGUGAGAACUAUCUCUUCUAUCUCUUUAGGUUCAAAAUGGUGAAUUUCUUUAUUAUACGAAUGCUUUGUUGUGAGAUAGCAUCACACUGUUACAAUGGAUUUUAGAGGUUUGUCUUUUUUGGGUGGGGUGGGAAGCUGAGAGGGUUAAUUCAAUACAUGGCUGAAAUUACCAAAUAUAUAAAUACCUCAAUUUCACUACCAUACAAGAAAAAAACACCUAUUUUGAUUGAUCAGUUCUUUUGUAUGAAUAUCCACCUCCUUUAAAUACUCUAUUUUUAUAUAUAUUUUUAUAUGAAGAUAAACAUGAAUUUAUAUUUAACUGUCUUAAAUUAUAUUUACAUAAAUGCAAAUAUCACUUGAUAUAAACAAUACAAAUCUGCAUCUUACAGAUGAUAAUUUUUUUAGAAGAAUGAUACAGAAUUAACUUUAAAAAUAAAACUUUUCUAAUAUACACUUAAAUGCAAACAUCAUUUUUAAGUUUUCAGUGAUUUUUUUAAUGACAUAAAACGUUACCAAUAUGUGCAGCCUCUCCAUCAUGUUUUAACAUACUGUAUACUCUGUAGCAGUAUUACAGUCAGUAUUUCAUAUAAUUUUCUUUAGACCUAACUGUUACCAUCUGACUGAGGUUACUCUGGUAUUUAUCUCUUCGCUGCUGAAAUAAUAAUGGAUUUUAGAAACAAUUGUAAUAAUAUCAUUAAUAAAUGUCUUACUAGUAAUAGUCUGUGUUUGUAGAGUAUCUUUUAUUUUCUUUUUUACUGAAGAUGUACAUCUAUGCAAACAGUGACCACUUGGCAGGGAUAUUAUCAUGUGGAUUCAAGUAUUAUAGCAUGGUUAAACACGAUUAACUAUAUAGUUCCUUCUAAGCCUAAUAUUCUUUAAGUUUAUGAUCAGAUGAACUUCCCACUGUGCAAUGACCAAAAUGUAUGAAGAUAAUGUAUUGUAGUGACAAGCUUUUUAAAAAUAAUAAUAAUAAGACACUUAAAUGCUAGGAAUCAUUUUAAUUGCUCCUUAACUGAAACUGCAUUUUAUUUUACCUAGGUGUAUGUGUAUGUGUAUGUGUAUCUGUGUGCACAUGUGUUUGUACAUAUUUAGCAAGUUCUUAAUUUCAAUGGGAAAAAAUGGGAGUAGGCAUUUUAACAUAUUUUUAGGUGUAGAACUUACAGGAAAUGUAUUAUUUUGGUAAGAAUUUAUUAGAAUCCAAUCCAAACUAAACUAAAGAAAACAUUUAUAACAUUAAAAGUCAAGAAUAACUGCAUAAACAUUUCCAAGCAUCACUGUUGAUCUUGUGUGUGGGUGGGUGUGUGCGUGUGUGUGUGUGUUUAAAGGCACAGUGUACUAUUUGCCAGCCACCCAAGUAGGCAGAUAAGAUCCUGCACAGACAUGAAAAAGAAGGGCUCACAUUUGCCUGCUGGUUGGGUUUACAUUUGGGUCAUUCAAUCAUCCUUUUGUUAUUUGCCCAUAUGCCUAGAAGUCUUCUCUACAGAGCAGUGAUUCCUACUUAAGAAUGUGUUGGAAGAAAUUACUGAUUUUUGAGAUAGAAAUAUUUCCCAUGAUGCUUAUGGAGAAAAAAAAAAACUAAUACUAUUCUCCAUUUGAAAUGCCUUUUAGUUUCCUUUCGCUGAACAAUUACAAGAAGAAAUAUAGAAAUGGCUCAAAAUUAUGUAACCAAAUAAGAGUUAUUUCAAAGCUAUAAUGCUUUGGCAGAGCAGGGAGGGGUAUCUAAUAUACUAGUGAGAUUAAGAGCCUAGAUAGUUAAUCAGGGUUAGGAUCUUAUUAAGUAUUUUCCUAAGGGUUCCUCCAUGUGAGUAAAUGCUGAAACAAUUGUCUUUAUCUAAAAUUUAUCUGAAUUUUUAUCUUAUAAAAAUCCCCCAAAUUCACAAAGACCAGUGGCUAUUAAUGUAUUUAAAAUGAACAAAAAAUGACUGAGUAAGCUCAUAUAAACUGAUAACUUCAAAAAUACGUGUUCAAGCAGAAAAUGAUAGCAUAGCAGAUUCCACCAUUUUGAGUGGAUCAAGGAAUAAUUACUCUCCAAAUGCUACUGUAGUUUUUUUUUAAUGUGUACUUAAAGUUGAAAUGAUUUUUAUUGCUCUUGGAAACUAAGGCAUUUUAAUAGAUCACUUCAGCCUAAGGGGAUGAACCAGAAUUUGUCGGGAACCCCCAAAGACCUACUAAAAACAACAGGAUAUUGCCAGCACCUACAAACAAGAUUUUGUAUUUGGCACAACUUCCAAGGUUUCAUACUGUCAAAAAGCCUUUUAUCAUGUUUUUAUUGCUGCAGUAACUGCUAUUAUCAACUUCCAUAUUUCUUUUAUGAUUCAUUCACUUGAUGUAGGGGGAUGUAGAACUCAUUUUUUUCUAAUUCAUAUAGACCAUGCAGUCCUCCUAAAAUGGUAUUCCAUUUGUUUUCUUUAUGCUUGCUGAAAUGUAAAGAAUUUGUUUUAUGGCCCUCUUAAAUGUCAGAUCACUAUGCUUUAACACACUAGAUACAUAAUCAAAUAUUACAGUGAAACCUUAUCAAGAGUAUUUAAAUUGUGUAAGUCUAUUUGAAAGGCAAAUAAAAAUAAUUACUUAAAACCAACUAAUAGUAGGGGCAAAAUAAAAACCGUCACUUUUAGAGAAAACACCAUAAAAGGAUUCCUGCAGUGUAAUACUAUUUAGGUAGCUUAAGUUUUGGAUUUGAUUUAUGUUGCGUGGUAUUUUCUCCCAAGUCUGUAGCAUUCUCUGCAGAGGACUUUUUAAAAUUUUGUUUUUCAAAGACUUUUUUUCUAGCCCUUUUUGUAAUAUAUCUGGGAAAAAUAUUCCAUUGUAGAUUAGGUUAUGAGUAGACAUUUAAUAUCUCUAACCAAGAUGUCUUCUUAAGGUGAUUUAUGUGUAGCAUCACAUGAUUCAUUUUAUCAUAUAAAAUAAAAAAUAUACUUUGUAUAAUAUGAAAGAGUAAUUCCUAUGAAAUCCAUUAAAAUGUUUAGAUAUGUUUUAAAAGCAAAAUAUUUACAAUUGAUUAUUGGUACAUAAGGAUUCAGAAGUGACAUGGUUUCAUAAAUACAAAAUGUAUCCAAUUGAUUUUCAGCUAUGUAGUGACUUAUUUUAUGGUUAGCUGGUGAAAUGCAGCUAUUUGAUGUAGCUUUUGGGGCUACGCUACACAGUUUAAUGAUGGUAUGCGAUUUAUAUAUUUUGUUCAAUUGUAUUUCCACUUGCUUUUUUAUAAUAAAACCUGUUCAAAAUA